AUGCGUCAAAGUCGACCAUACGGAACCAGCGCGCGACGCAAACGGCAAAAUGCAGAAGCACAACGAACUUACCGGGCAAAGCAAAAAGAAAGGUUGCGCGUCCUUGAGCAACUAGCAGUGUCGACACUAGCUGCCAGCAGCAGCGACUCAGUCGCUGUUCUUAAUCGUUUUCUACAGCCAGCAACCCAAAGCUGUGAUCCGGAGAUAAGGCAACCGACCAGUGCUGAUCCGGGUGCUAGUGUUUCCAGUCAAACUAUAUCGAAGAAUGUACUGGAAUUCCCAAUCUUUUUCUCAUUUUCGAGGGACGAAAUCAACAAAUGUCUACGCAUCAUGGUGAAAGAGGGAUUCGGCCUUCGACAUGUCGUCAAGUACGGACUGAUCAGUCUCGGGUACGGAGUGGAAACAUCACUCUUCGAUCAAGCAUUAAACAUUUCAUCCCAACGUCGGAUCGAACUAGUGCAACUCACCUAUGGACGAGUUGACAUGGAGCAGGUUAUAUCCUGUGGCGUUAGGCUCUUUGCCCAACUACCAAAUCCUCCAGUGUGGCCAUCUUUGGGCACGUUGAAGGCCCCAUGCCCCAGUCCUCCAAGGACCAUUUCCCUAUCUGUAAUGACAAUCAUCUCAGCUCAAUUGCUCAAUAUGCCGCUUAUUGGCAUGACGCCAGAUAUGCUCUGGAAUGAAGAUUCCGAGUCACUCUUCUUCAAGGAUGGAAGAGCAGCGUGGUCUGCACGGUCUUCCCUCGAUAAGGAUAGAGGUCAAUAUGUUAUUCCGCCAGACCUCCGACCUACCGCAAACCAGUUCCUUGUUCGACAUCAUCCGUACAUAGAUUUGAUACCCUGGCCAACAUUUCGCGCAAACGUUUUGGCGGCUAUAUCGCAGAGCCCUCCUACAAUAAAUGAAGACGACUUGUGCAUGGAUCUGGCAAAUGAUGGUGUGCGAUGUUGGGGCAAUACUGGAACCUCUCUUCACGGACGUGGUGAAGGCAUGCCGUGGGACUCCCGGAGCUGGGAGGCAGCACCUUGGUUCCUAGAGAAGUGGCGGUGCCUUAUCGGCGGCGAGGAUGACGAAAUUUCCAGAAAUAGUGCCUGGUGGAGGACAAUGCAAGACAUGCCGUAG